CGGGCGGAAGUAUCGCCGAGACUUCGGUCUUUCCAGGUCAUCAUCCAGGCUCUUCUUCGCAGCGGCGUUUCCCGUCCAGUUUAGGCUCCCCGCUGAAGCCGAAGAAGCGAGCAUGGGGGUCACCCAGUCCUUGGAUCUGCCCCAAGGGAAGGGGUCCUACGCCGUGGGCUGCACGGAUGUGAUGGUGGGCCAGUCCCAAAAGGGUCUCUUCUUCAGAUUGUUCUAUCCCUGCAUUCCACAGAAUAACCCAGAGAAGCCCUUCUGGAUCCCCCGCUACGAAUACUAUUAUGGACUAGCUGACUACAUGAACAUGAACAGGAAAUGGUGUGCCCCCUUGCUCAGCGUGUCGUUUGGGUCAUGUAGAAUCCCCGUGAACUGGGAUGCACCUUUCAAAACAAGUUCCAGCAAGUACCCCCUGAUCAUAUUCUCCCAUGGACUAGGAGCUUUUCGAACGGUCUACUCUGCCAUCUGUGUGGAAAUGGCUUCACGUGGGUUUCUGGUGAUGGCACUUGAACACAGAGACCGCUCUGCCUCUGCCACUUAUUUUUGCAAGCUGGAGCCUGAUUCACCAGACUUCUCCACAACUCCGGUGCAGGAGGAAUGGCUUUCUUAUCGAGGUGUGCCAAAAGAUCAGAAGGAGUUUCGCUUCCGGAACCCACAGCUGCAUCAAAGAGCCAACGAGUGCAUUCGGGGGCUCAAGCUUAUCCGAAGCAUCAACAGCGGCAAGCCCAUCACCAACAUCUUGCACACAAACUUUGAUCUGACUGCACUAAAGGACAAUGUGGACUUGACAAAAGUUGCAGCCAUGGGUCACUCUUUCGGAGGAGCAACUGCCAUUUUAGCCCUUGUUAAAGAGACCCAAUUUAAAUGUGCUGUCGCCCUCGACGCCUGGAUGUUUCCUGUGGAGAACAAACUCUACCCCAAGGUGACAAAGCCCGUCCUUUUUGUCAACACGGAGUCGUUCCAGACUGCAGAAAGUGUGGCCAAAAUGAAAUGGAUCUGCUCUACAAGCAAUGAGAGCAAGAUUAUAACCAUCCUGGGUACUGUCCACCAGAGCCAGACCGACUUCACCUUCCUGGCGGGGAAUCUCCUGAACAAGGUCUACAGAACAAGAGGAACCAUCGAUCCCCACGAAGGCCUCAACCUUACCAACCAGGCUGCUCUCGCCUUCCUGCAGAAACAUCUCCAGCUGAAAGAAUCUUUUGACCAGUGGGAUGGUCUUCUGGAAGGUAUUGGCGAAUGCAUUGUUCCCAAUGGGCCCCCACAGAAAUCCAAUCUCUAGAUAUGAAAGACUUUCAAUUUUUCUGGGCAUUCUUUGUACCCCAGGUUGGCGGGGCAGGGAGCACCCUCUUUUAUAUAACAGCUGCCGAGAUAGAACACCUACAAAGAGCUUCCUGGUAGAUCUGCUGCUGAGAUGCCGUCAUGAAGGUUCCCUGAAAGUAUUCCUCGUUUCUCCAGGACUUACAGAGAGGAGAGCUCGAAGUUGUAAACAUUGCUGGAAAUCUGUCUGCUUCCCUGACUGCUUAAAAGAAAUGAGGAUUGUAGUCUUUGGGCACAGCUUUGCUGGAAAGAAAAGGGAGCUGAAUGCAAGGAUGGUCAUUUGCCGAAGGUGUGAGGUUGCAUGUUUCCCUUUGACAGAUGUUCCAGGGAAACUAGCAGCUUGUUCUUUCAGUGGUGAGAUUGCAGCUUCCUGUAUAUGAAAAACCUAAUCCAAGCAUCUGAUUUUUCCUCACCUGAGAUGACACCUAGAGGAUAAAAGACCUGGCUACUCUAGAGCUCACCAUGGAAACUAGAGUGAAUAUUAUGCCAGACUAGAGUAGCAAACGUUUCAGAGCUGUGCAGAAAUGUGUUUCUCUUCUGGAGCCAGAUUUCUUCCUACCUGCACAACCCUUCUCCAUACAUAGCACUUAUUUUCUAGAUGGUUUCACAACCAUCUUCUCUCUGCCCCCAUGCCCAAACAGCAAUGUAAAGCUUUUGGGGCAAAGACUGCUACUGGAGGAGAGCUGGUCUUGUAGUAGCAAGCAUGACUUGUCUCCUUUGCUAAGCAGGGUCUGCCCUGGUUGCAUAUGAAUGGGAGACUAGAAGUGUGAGCACUGUAAGAUAUUCCGCUCGGGGUGGAGCCGCUCUGGGAAGAGCAUCCAGGUUCCAAGUUCCCUCCCUGGCAGCAUCUCCAAGAUAGGGCUGAGAGAAACUCCAGCCUGCAACCUUGGAGAAGCCGCUGCCAGUCUGUGAAGACAAGACUAAGCUAGAUGGACCAAGGGGCUGACUCAGUAUAUAGCAGCUUCCUAUGUUCCUAUGCUUUGUAUUUGGAUCAAAUAAAACCAAAUAGGGUUUUGGUACACAGCAAGAACAAAUACUGAGUGGGAUGAAAUUGCAACUAGAAGAUUUCAAAUCUAGUGUUAACAGGGCUCAAAUGUGGCCUGACUUUUUGCCUUUUCACAUCAUCAUCCUGCAUUUGUGGCAUUAGCUGUAGUUAUGUAUCUGUAAGGAGAAGGGCAUUCCUCUCCAGCAAGCCCUCAGGGCAGGGGAAAAGAGUGUUAGUUAUUGCAGACUACAGAAGAAAUGUCUUUGUACUGAGAACAUCUGCGGAAUGAAGCCUCAUGAGCUGCCUCACUGAACCUGGGAGAUUUCGGGUAGGGCUGAGGGCUUCAUUUAAUUCAGGGGUUCUCAAAGUUGGGUCCCCAGAUGCUGGACUACAACAUCCAUAAUCCCCUGCCACUGUGUCAGGGGGUGAUGGGAGUUGUAGUCCAGCGGCAUUUGAGAACCCUUGCCAUUAACCCUGAGCAAAAGUGCGGCCUUGGAGUCAAUUAGCUCAGCUCCAUAAUUAGUCUCCCAAGGCUAGAACUAAGUCCCGGGACGCACAAAGCAGGAACAAAGCACUUCAGGUGUGACUAUUACUAUUGCGGCUCCCAAGUAUUUACAACGAGUCCAUGAUCACUUAUUUGGAUCUGGAGAAGAACCUGUCCAGAUGAGAAGGUGUGGCCACCUAAGCAACCCGGAACCUUGCUGCUGGAGGGGUUGGAAUGGGAAUCGCCACGUCCAGAUCCAUCAGUUGCGUCCUGGCCUGCACAAUUUGUGACCCAUUAAAUCCGUGCUGUCUACCAGUGACCGGAGACCCAGUGGAAGCUGCUGUUCUCACUGCUGUCGCUAAAGCAGAGCACGUGGCCAUCCACAUUCCGUGGUUGGUGAGCUACUCGUGGGAUGGUGCAUUGCAAGUCUGGUCUAGUCACACUGCACGGCUUCUGCAGUCUUGCUAGAAUUGCCAGCCAUGCACACCCCUCCCCCUGCAAAAUAUGUAGCUGGGAAAUAUGUAAGAUGCUGCUCUUGGUUGUACAAUCUUAACUUGUAUCAUAUGUUGUAUGUUGGAUGCCUGCAUUGAUUUUUUGAAGGAUUAUGAGGUAGGUGUGUGUGUGUGUGUCCCUAAUAAUGGCUGCAUUUGCGAUCCAAUAAAAACCAAAUUCACAGUA